AUGCAUCAGCACAUUCAACAUCGCGAGCCUCAAACAUCCGGAACCACGACAGCGCUACCCAUAUACACAAGCCCCGAUAUACCGCUGUACACGCCAACCGAUACGUCAUCAGCGGCAACCGCAACGUUCACCGGCGAUCCUACUUAUCCCGUUUUUCCGAACGCACAAUGGAUAUCUCGCUUCUACCUGGUAGCCUCUCAAUACUCGGGAAUAACUAAUUUGGAUACCGAUCUAUUCAAUCGCUGCUACUUGCCGGGCAGGCCUUUGUCUUACCUACCUCCACCACACAAUGGUUCAGACGCCAGCACUGCCGCCAACGGCAAUGUCAGAAGAGGAGAAUCAUGGGUAUCGAUAACCAUCGAGAAGCCAGAUUAUCAGUUAGAAGAGGCGCCCUGCAAACGGCAAUCUGCUAUCAACGGAAACUGCCAUUUUCAGAACACGAAUGGGACAUUUUCCGGUCUGAGGGAGUAUGAGGACAAUUUUGAGGAGCAGCAGCAUUGCUAUUGCGAGAAGUAUCCGUUCUUCGACUCCGUAUUGGGUUGUCAGAAGUGCUUUGAGAUGCGUGGUGGUAUUGAGGGAUAUCAUUGGUUCCCGGAGAGUUACGUCAGCGCGUUGGCAGACUCUUACUGUAACGCUGACCCUCUGACCAAAGAGUUCUACAACUUCGUGGGCGCAUGGAAAGCUACCGCUGCUGAGGCAAAGGUGCCAAGCACGACGGCGAAAGAUGUACUGGGGACGCAAACUGCCGCGAGCCUUUACUACACUCCGAAUGCCGCUGUCAGUACUAAGAAAGCCAAUUCCGCUGCUGCUUUGAACAAUGGGAAGAGGGGUUCGAAGAGAGGGAGCGCUAUAGUCGUUGCACUUGUGGCAGGGUUAGUGGCAUCGAGAUGA